AUGCCAAAGGAAGUGAGUAACGGCUUUCAAGCUGCAUUUUGGGAUAUUCUAUUUGGUUCCAUUGCUGGUGCAUUAGGGAAGACAAUCGAAUAUCCAUUCGAUACUAUAAAAGUACGAAUGCAAACACAAGGGUACCAAGUGUUCCCAACUACUUGGUCAUGCAUUAAAUAUACUUACGAAAAUGAAGGGAUUAUAAGAGGAUUUUUCCAAGGUAUUGGAUCACCUUUAAUUGGUGCAUCAUUAGAACAUGCAUGCUUAUUCUUUUCAUACAAUCAAUGUUUCCAAUUUUUAUUAACUUAUACUGCAUUAUCAAACUUCUUAAUUAUUCUAAUCUCGGGAGCAUUUGCUGGUUCAUGUACAAGUUUAGUCCUAACACCUGUAGAAUUAAUUAAAUGUCAAUUACAAGUUUCAAAUUUAAGAUUACCUUCGGAUUCUGGAGAAAGACAUACUUCCAUAAUACCCACAAUCAGAUCAAUAUUAAAGGAAAAAGGGAUAUGGGGAUUAUGGCAAGGUCAAUCAGGUACAUUUAUUAGAGAAUCUAUUGGUAGUUUAAUAUGGUUUGGUACAUUUGAAAGCUUUAAAAGUAUGUUUUUAAGAAAAUCAAACAGAGAAAUUAUGCGUACGUGGCAACUCUUAAUUAGUGGUGCUGCAGCAGGUGUAGCAUUCAAUGGAAGUAUGUUUCCUGUAGAUACUAUCAAAUCCAUUAUGCAAACUGAACAUAUAGGAUUUUUAGAAACAGCACAGAAAGUUCGUAGAGAACAUGGUAUGGCUGGUUUCUAUCGUGGCAUCGGAAUCACUCUAUUAAGAUCUGUCCCAUCUAAUGCUAUUGUAUUUUAUACAUAUGAGAAAUUAUCUCGGUUUAAAGUAUAG